UGCAAGUGCGAGGAACAAACCACAAGCGGCGAGCAAGCGAACUCAGCCUAGCGGAGAGAGGUACAUUCAGAGCGAGGAGUAGUCGGGGUUGUUCUCCUCUGUCACCUACCUGAUAAGCUCUGCGGCUAUGGCGAGUGAUGCCUGCCAAUCUGGUCUCGCCUGGCGAUGGCGAUGGCGAUGGCGAGUCCUCCUUCGAGGCCGUGUUUUGCAAUUUCUGUUCUUUUCUGCAGGGUUCUUCCUUUUGCAUUUGGCAUCAUCACCAUGCGUUUCCAUGCAGCUCGACCUUGGAGAGUGCCGACCAGGUAACGGGGUGAACGUCGAGUACACUCGACUUCCAGUCUGGUCAGUCAACAGGACGGCGGGGAAAAUUGCAUCAAUUCCAGGGAGGCAUUUGGGAAAAUGGUCCGGGGUGUACUUUUCGUCUCCGUAUAAUGAUAUAUUUCCUGCGUUCAAUGGUUCGGUACCGAGGAACGCCGUUUACCGAGUGCGCGGCAAUGACCCAACAGCCAAAGAACUGUAUGAAGGAGGGGGAACAACCGUCAGCCCCGAGGUUGAGUUAAUUGCCAAGGGCAUAAGUUUCGCCAAUGUAAUACGCGCAAGUCCACAGCAGUUCAAGCGACUCUUUGCGACAGGGCAGGCCUCCAUCACAAUUGUCACCGGGCGAUUUCCGAUAGGCGGUCUUCCGGGCGACGAUGGAGGGGUCUUGGUGGUUGGGGUGGAUACUAGCAACCCCGCUGAAACUCAGACGAUUGCGAUCGUGCCGGAGAAAAGAGAUUCCAGUGGUAAUCAAUGGAUUUACAGCAACUUUUUCUUCCAUGAUGUCAAUGGCGAUGGGUUCACGGACAUCGUUACGGUGCGCAUGACUCCGGCUGGUCCUCCUUGCUUUCCUCCCAACAACUGCUGCGGACCCCCUUGGAGUGGACAGCCUCCCUUUGACUGCUUUGAGGGGCCCUUUUUCCCUUUCUGGGGGCAGGUAAUCUGGUUCGAGCAGCCUCAGAGCUUGAAAGCUGCAAGAGCUGGGAACUGGCCACUGCGGGUCCUCAUUGGCGGGAAUCGUCAGAUCAACUUGGGACCUUCUACAGAGUUAGACUUGCAAGAUAUCGACGGUGAUGGUGUCCCGGAGAUGGUUGCCGUCGACUUCUGGGGCAAGAGGGUGCACCUCCUUUGGGCUGUCAAUCCUUCCAGAAACCAAAGCUGGAGCGAUCCCAAGAACAUCAAGGUGGUCACUGUGACUGAGAAGACUCUGGGCAACAUAUACGAUUGCGAAUUCGCAGAUGUGAACGGCGAUGGGCGUGUGGACAUCUUGGCCACAAAUCAUGUUCCCUCCAAUACGCCCUCUGUAAAAGCUUCGCUCGUGGCAUUCGAGAUUCCUCCCGACUUCAAAACCGCCCAGAACCCCAUCUUCCAAAGCCAUGUUAUUGACGAUGACUUCCCGACCCGAUGGAAACCGGGUUCCCUGGCUCCUGGAUACAUCAAGGUGCUGCCUCCCCCCAAAGGCAGGGUGCAUGCAACUGGACUGGAACAAACCCAGCCAGUCAUUCUCAUGGCAGGCGACGGCUCUGGGUCAUGGUAUGUAUAUGCACCAGUCCGUGGAUGGCGUUUCACGAAAACCACAAUCGACAGCGAUCUUUGUGAUUUCAUUGAGCCUGCAUUUGAAGAUGAGGAAAGCGCGGAGCUCUUCUCAGAUCAAGUGGUCUAUUGUAGCUGCUAUCAGUUGGGCAAGAUUUAUCGCGGCGUCCUCUCAACAUCGUUGGGCCACGAAAACCAGAUUGCGCAAAAGGGGGGUGUCUGUGUGGCGUAAGGGCUCUUCAUGCACGGUCAAAUUCAGAAAGAGACCGUAAAUUGGCAUGCAAAUCACCACACCAGGACAAUAAGAAGUAUCUGUAUCAUCAUCAUAGACAAAACCUUUUGUUUCUGGUUUAUAUAUCCUGUUUGGUUAUCGAAUCCUGUUGUUUCAAUUUCGCUACGAACAAAACCUCGAUGUUUUGCAAAAGGUGUUUCUCUCUCUCUCUCUCUCUCUCUCUCUCUCUCUCUCUCUCUCUCUCUCUCUCUCUCUCUCUCUCUCUCUCUCUCUCUCUCUCGUGUAGAUCCUACAGUGUUCUGAUAACAUGCAAUUCUCCAUCAAGCAAGAAGUAAAGAAGCUUGUAUCAAUCAAGACAUAGUCAAAAACGAACAAAUAAUGUCAUAAGUCUAAAAGUCCUGAGAAUAGGAAGGGUAGAAAGGAACCCAGGGAGAGGCCAAGAGGAAGAAAGGUCGUAUAAAGAUUAUCGACUGAGCUUUCACGAGUGGACCAAGGUGGACCCCUCAAUCCCGAUGAAAACAGCGGAUAGCUUCCCCGACCCCUUCCUCCCCCCGAUCAAUAGCAUGGUGGACUUGCAGUGGUAUGGGUGGUAAGGAAGGAAAAAAGAAGUAGACAUGGGACAAGGGGAGGGAUAAGGGAGCCUGGGAGAGAGGGGAAGUAGGCCUGGGACAAAGAAAGUGUUCUGAUCAGGGCGGGAAAGGGGGGAUCUAGUGUGCAAAAGUAAGAGUCUGGCGCCUGUGUCUGGGUGAAGAGGUUCUCCCCCUCCCUGUGCAGUUAAUCCCCUGGGGUUCCAGGGCAAUCAAUGCUGGCAGGAGCA